GUGCUGUUUUGUCCAAAACCAUGAAGAGACUCAUUGUUCGCUUGCUAGGUUCAAAACCUUUCCACCUUAUUGGGAACAAACCCUUGUUGCAGUCUCGUAAGAUAACUAUUAGUAGUCGGUUAAACAAAGAUGACUUCAACUUUCCAAUCAGUCCGAACGACAUGCCUCGCUCUGGAGGUAUUGCCUCAAUGAUGCGCCUUCCCGUACCGAGCAACGCAGAGGGUCUAGACGCCUGUUUUGUGGGAAUUCCUCUGGAUUCAGGAACCUCAAACCGGUCUGGGACUCGGUAGGUUGCAUUGGAAAUGUUUGCCUUUUUGGCGCGUUGAAUCUCGCACAUUUGCGUGACUUGGUCGUCACGGGAGGCCAUGUUUUCCCUAAGAGACCUCACUCGAGACCCUCGUAAAAAUGAAGAACUGUGUUACCCCAAAAUCAGAAAAUGUGCGACCCCAUUCUGGUAACUAUAUUGAAAAUGCAACCCCAUUAUAGUCAAUCCAGUCGUGAAAAUGCGACCCCAUCUAGCGGCACAGUAUUUACCCCCCCCCCCCCGCUGUGUCAAAGACCCUGGCCAUGGGGAUUAGCAGGGUUCUCAAUAGAUUUUUAAGUAGGAGGUGAUCACUGAUAAAGUAGGAGGCUCUUCAGCAAAGCCAGAGGUGUCAAAACAAAGCAAAGAAAAGCGACUUAAACACAAAGUAAGCGGCUAUAAAUCCCAAAGUAAGCAGCGAUCAAUCGCCGGGUGCUGCCUUCUAUUGAGAACCCUGGAUUAGGCUGCUUGAAAGCUGUUUCAGAAUAGACUUCUCCUUAAAAAGCUCCCACUCUGAAAUAAACGAGGUGUUAGUAGGAACAUAUCACUGGUCAAUGUCUUGUUUUGCAGCCUUGGCCCAAGACAAAUAAGAGCAGAGUCUUGUAUGAUUCGUCCAUACAACAAUGUCACUGGAGCUGCUCCAUUUGAAAGUCUGAUGAUUGCUGACAUUGGUGAUAUCCCCAUCAACACAUAUAGCCUAGCUGCAACAGUUGAUAUUAUACGCAGACAUAUUGCUGCUAUUGCCAACCUUGGCUGCAAGCCUUUGAUCCUGGGAGGUGAUCACACCAUCACUUAUCCAAUAUUGCAGGGAAUUAAGGUUAAAGUCCUCUUUGAUAAUCAUUGUCAAAUUUCUCCUGACGAUCUCAUCAUGCGUCUCUGGGACCAUUACCAAAUGUCCCUCUGGCUUAAACAGUAAAAGAAAGUGAAUAAAGACCUCCUUUGCUAGGUAUCCAGUUUAGGGGGCAGGUCAUUUCACCUAUGGGGGAAUGGGGGAGGGGGCAGCCAUUUGGCUAGAGGGUCAUUUUCAAAAUAUUGAUCGGUAUUAGGGGGUCAUUUUAAUAAAUUUCGCGACAGAAGUACAAAGCAGUAACAAGCAUGAAUUGAAAUAUGUGACAGCCGUAAAUGGUAAAGCAAGCUUUCUCAAAAUGGCCAGCCCACCCUCACAGGUUACAAACGACCAGCCCUUAGGGAAGGAGUCCAUUAAGAGAGUUGAAUGUAAUCUGUGUCACUGAAUUCAGUGCUGCAGUUACAGAAAAUUUUUUGAACAGUGACAGUCCAGUAGUUGCUGAAUGUGAGCCCUAGCCCAAUUAUUGCACAGGACACCCAGCCAAUGGGGCACAAAAAGGCAGUCAAUAGUCAUGAUAAUAUCUGGGUCACUUGCGCCUGCCAUCAACUAAUGCUUCUUUUAUGAACUCUCACCAAAGAGUUGAGUUGGUAUACACUUCCUUCAGCGCCCAGAACUUUAUUGACAAGGUACUUGGGGGGUAGCCAAAAAAUCUUGAGAUCCUAUGGCGUAUGCAAAGUUUAGUUUUUACAUCAGAAGCUAACUUGAGGCUAAGAAAUACUUUCAGGCAGAAACAAAAUUGUUUUCAUCUCUUUAACAAGGAAAAGCAUGGUCCAGUUGGUCUUGUCCAUGUAGAUGCUCAUUCAGACACUAGUGAUUCAAUGUUUGGUGAGAAAGUGACACAUGGAACACCAUUUCGCCGAGCAGUAGAGGAAGGUCUGCUGGACUGUAAACGUGUUGUACAGAUUGGUUUACGUGGAUCAGGUUACACUGGAAAAGACUAUCAAUGGGCAGAAGACCAGGUACUCUGUACAUAAUUAACUGAUAUUUCCAACAAAUGUAAUCACUGGUUACUGAUAAAUGAAGUCUUUAUUAUAAUGUUAAAGAUUGUUUGGUUUGCAUAAUAUUAAUGCAGCUGUUGCAGACAUAUCAUCCUGAUUAUCAAACUCUUGUUGCUUAUUAUAUUGUAUUUGUUGCACCAGGAUUAUUAUUAAUAAUGUUAGAACUUGCACAUGAAUUACUACCUGUGAAGUAGUGGUUGAUAAUAUAUUAUGACAGUAUCUCAGACUUGCCAAGACCUUUUUUCUUAAUCCAAGCCCCUUUAGCAAAGAAUUCAAGAGUCAGAGGUGGAAAAAAUUUGCCAAAAUGAGUGUCAUCAUAAAUGCCUCGAAGAUUUCAACAGCAAAAGUUCAAGUGUUUCAGGGACUCAUGAUUUUCAUACCAUUCACUAAUUAUCUUUAUCUUGUUUAGGGUUUCAGGUUAGUUCUGGCACAUGAAUGCUGGCACAAGUCCCUGGUACCACUUAUGGCAGAAGUUCGACAGCAGAUGGGCAGUGGACCAGUGUAUAUAUCAUUUGAUAUUGAUGGCUUGGACCCAGCUUUUGCUCCAGGAACAGGUGAUGGAGUUUUUUCUUUCCAAAAUGAAUACAACAAACUCUGUUAACUCUUUUAAACCCCCAUUCAAUCAUGUAUUUAAGUCUUGAGUCUGUAAUUAUAUAAAUAAAAUCACAUCAGUGUGGUGUGACCAUGCAAAACAACCCUGUUUAGCAGUUAAUUUUUAGGGACUGACACUAUUUCUUUCGAGUUUUAUACUGAUAAAAUUAUCGGUUCUUUGAAACUUUGAUUUUGGACACUUGGAGACUGAACUAAAGUACCAGCUCUGCUGGACUUUCUUUGAGUGCCCAUGAUAUUAUAUAAUUUCCGCAAAGAUUCUGGUUGGGAUUUUUCCUUUUUCUGUUCUUACCAGGUACCCCAGAAAUAGGAGGCCUAACAUCUAUACAAGGAAUUGAAAUAUUAAGAGGUUGUCGUGGAAUGAACGUUGUAGGUGGAGAUAUGGUUGAGGUAAAAUAUAAUCAAUAUACAAAAAUAAUAAGCUAUAAGUCAGAAGUAGUGAAGCAUGUCUACUAUCCAGUUUAAUUGUACACAAUUUUCAGUGUGUAGCUUAAGUUCUUUUCAUAUUUGAGAAAUCUCCUCCUCAGAGCCUGUUUCCUAUUCUUCUCUCGAAGAGACACUUUUGAUGGGACAAGCACUUUUGCUUCCAUCUGAGAGAGAUGUCCAUCAUAUAGGGUCACAAAAUAUGACUAAGAAUACCACAAACUAACUCAACAAGGUUUCUCUUUUAGGGAGGUGUCCAUUGUGUUGUCCACUAUAGACUGGUGUUUAUUAUGAGGUAGUGAAUUGACUGUUCUUUCAAAUGAUUGAUUCCAGGUUUCACCUCCAUAUGAUACCACAGGAACUACAGCUCUGACCGCUGCAAACCUGUUGUUUGAAAUGCUGUGUGUUUUACCUGGGGUGAAGUACAAGCCUUAAACAAACUCUAGUGGCACUCAAUAGCAUAAUAAUCUCACCUGCUAUAAAAAUAUUGGUAAUCACGAGGACACCAACUUGUAAAUUUAUGUAGAUGUUUUCACCCAAGAGAGAGUUAAAGAAAGCCAUCAAAACCAGGCAGCACUAGACUUGUUGUGACCUUUCUUGUGUCUGUUGAUGGCUUGUGAUAUUUCCUCUUUUUUCUAUUUCUAUUUUUAUCACAUGCAAUUUAACAUAUAUUAAGUCUUUCAUUUUCAUAAUUUGAGAUGACAACACUUUACAAUGUUACAACAUACAAUAAAUUUAUUGCUACUCUGUUGGGGACCUUAAGAACUUACAUUGAACAUAACUAACAAAAAAAAUCUUUUGUCUCCUUUUACACACUUCUAGCUGUAUUAAUUAUGAAGAGGUAAGCUGUUUGGAUGGCUACCAAAAUGAUGAAGGGUAAACCAACCUACCUUUAAUGGUCAUUUAAAAAGGCUUUAAUGUCUAUCGCAGAAUAAAACUUCUCCCUAUCCCAGGGUCAAGUAAAUGGAAAUCUGACUAUCUGAGAUAACCUGAAUUUUUGAAGGGAGUUUAAAGUCCCUUGAAACCACACAUGCCAGUAAUGCAAUAUUGUGGAGUCUUAGAUGUAUGAAUUCUCAGAAAUAAAACUUGAGAUAAAAAUAAAACAUUUUUCUCAUUUUCUGCUUGUUUUGCUACUCAGAGGAUGAUAAUUCAGAAAACGAUACAUAAAUCUCUCAAGGAAUAGGUUCAGAUUAGUUUUACAGUUACUUAAGACAGAUCAAGAUAUCCCCAUAGAUUCUAAUACAGAAUUCAUUAUUUGAAAAUUGAAUGCAUUACUAUUAUUGUAAAUGUGACACCCACCCUAUUAAUAAUGGAUUCAAUUUUUACAUAAUCAGUUCAUUAAUAGAAUACUACAUAUAUGUUUGAACUGGCUUGACUGUAAUCCUUCCUUCUGAUUUAAAAAAAAGAGGAAGCCUGCUCCGUAAGG